AUUUUAUCCGGGCAGACACCGACCGACCGGCAGCACUUCCGUCAUAGGAAUAGAGGCGGAUCGUCGGUGGAGUUCAAGUUGUAUAAACAGUUUGAUCCUGCCAGAGUGUAAUUUAUCAUCCAUAUAUCAAAAAAUAUAUUCGCCCGCCGUACCUUACCUCAGCUUGUCACAAGGCUUUCGUCUUCGUCUGUUAUAUUAUUCCUCGACUCAACCAUAUCUUUCUAGCAUCAAAGAAAUUUAAACCUUUGAUCUUGUCAACAUGGACGACGCAAUGAACGGAGGUGCUUUCAAGCACUACAACACAGAGGCCCCCACGUCCAAAUUGGUGAUGCCGCUCUUUUCACUCAAGGGAAAGACGGCCAUCAUCAGCGGAGCAGGUGCCGGCAUUGGUCUGGCCGUGGCACGGGGAUAUGCUGAAGCCGGUGCGAACGUCGCCAUCUGGUUUCACAGCAAUCAAAAAGCCCAUCAGCGGGCCGAGGAGAUUGAAAAGGAAUUCGGUGUGAAAUGCCGAGCAUACCAAGUCGAUGUGAGAGAUGCCAAAGCAGUGGACGAGGCCAUUGUUUCUCAGGUCAAGGAGUUCAACAACCGCCUCGAUAUCUUCGUGGCCAAUGCCGGGAUCCCCUGGACCCAAGGGCCUAUGAUCGGCGGUGAAAUCGAGCACUACCAGAACGUCAUUAAGACCGAUAUUGACGGUGUCUUCUACUGUGCCAGAACGGCCGGGAGAAUCUGGCGAGAGCAGAAGAAGAACAAGCUCGAGGGAUUCAAUUACGGCAAAUUCAUCGCCACCGCCAGUAUGAGCGGCCAUAUCGCCAACAUUCCUCAAUUGCAAAGUGCGUACAACGCAGCCAAGGCAGCGGCGAAACAUUUGUGCCAGAGUUUGGCCGUCGAAUGGGUCCAGUUUGCCCGUGCCAACAGUAUCAGCCCGGGUUACAUUGCCACCGAAAUCAGCAACUUCGUCCCUCCUGAGACCAAGAACAUCUGGCGAGACAAGAUCCCCAUGGGUCGAGAAGGCGAGCCGAUCGAGUUGGUGGGGGCUUACUUGUAUCUUGCCAGCGAUGCCAGCUCGUACACGACCGGAACUGACAUUAUUGUCGAUGGUGGAUAUUGCGCCCCUUAAGGGGUAGUUAGUCGUCUUUAGGGAGAAUCUCAUAUGUGUUGUUUGACAA